CCCAAGGUCAGAUAAAGGAACUCAAAAUGUGGGUCAGUCCGGUAUAAAAACAUUGAGGUUGUUGAUUAUUCCUCAGUCGGCGAGGAGCAGACGAUACAGAAACAACAUGGCACUUACAAAAUGCGACAUCAACUUCCUGGGCAGGUCGGGGCUGCGGGUGUCCAACAUUUGUCUCGGGGCCAUGACAUUUGGAGAAAGUAAUUUCGGAACACCAGGACAGCUGGACGAACAGGGUGCACAUGCACUCAUGGAUCGCUACGUACAAUGGGGAGGCAACUUCAUCGACACAGCCGACAUCUAUGGUCGCGGCAAGUCGGAGACGAUUGUCGGUUCUUGGCUGGCAAAACAGAAGCGUGAAGAUGUUGUCAUUGCGACCAAAGUGCGCUUUCCCAUAGAUGUCACGCGUCCUAAUAGUGGAGGGCUGAGUCGUCGUCACAUCACUGCCUCUAUCGAAGGCAGCCUCCGCCGACUGCAGACUGACUACGUGGACCUGUAUCAGAUCCACGCUUGGGAUGAUGCUGUUCCACUGGAGGAGACCCUGAGUGCGCUGAGUGACUUGGUCAGGUGUGGCAAGGUGCGCUACCUGGGGGCCAGCAAUGUCACCGGCUGGCAGCUGCAGAAGAUCGUGGACAUGUCGAGAGAAAUGGGCCUCUCACCUUUCAUCUCUCUCCAGCAACAGUACAACCUCCUUAGUCGCCUGUCAGAGUUGGAGCCAUUCCAGGUGUGUAAGACUAACGGUAUUGGAGUUCUUCCAUGGAGUCCACUCAAGGCCGGUUUCCUGGCUGGCAAGGUCAAGAAGGGGGACAUGCCGAAAGAUGGUCGCCUGGAGUACGCGGCUUAUGACCCGCAAAAUAAGUUUCCAGGGUCACAUCCAUCCUGGGAGAAACUGGACAAAGAGCAGCACUGGCGCAUAUUGGAAACUGUAGAGAAGAUCGCACAGACCAGGGGGAAGACAAUGGCGCAGGUGUCGCUGCGGUGGCUGGUGCAGAAGUCAGUUGUCUCGUCCGUCAUCAUCGGGGCCACCAAGAUGACGCAGCUGGAUGACAACAUGGCCGCCUCCAGUGGCUGGCAGCUGAGCGAAGAGGAGAUGUCGCAGCUGGACGAAGUGUCCAAACCGGAGUUGGGAUACCCGUAUGACGUCAUCUGGCGGGCCAACAAAGACCGAGUUAACCCCUGGAACCCUGCAGUUUAUGUUUGACCUCAUAGGCUUGACGUGGAUUGGUGGACUCAUACCCUCGCAAUUACCUAUUAAAGCUUUUCUGAGGUCAUUUUUAUUGCGUAUGCGGGAUUUAUUCAAAAAAUACCCAGAAAUGUAGAUUUUGUUUUUAUUAAUCAACGUCAAUGGCUGCAAAGUUAACUAAAAAUUUGUUCACAAUGGUUAAAAGUGGUUUACUGACUUGUUAUUUCAGUCGCUUUUCUAACAUCCUUCUCGCGAUCUUUAAUAACAUUUUAUAACGAUAUUAUUGAAUUAAAUAUUUAUAAUAUUAACUUGCCGACAAUGAUAAAAUUGUGUGAUUUAUUGCUAGACUGUACACUGAAGCUAUUUAUGUAAAAGAAACCUAAAAGUAGACAAAGAAGAAUGCACGAACAAGAUUAUAGAAAAAUUCAUAUUUCAGUAUUGUUCAGUUGUAUGUGAACGCUUGCCUGGUCUUCAAAACUGACAAUCAAACUGUUUAAAAAUGUUCUUAUUUUCUGGUCCAAUUAUUUUCCUUCAUUAAAAAAGCUAAUUCAAAAAGUCAGCAGACUAGCUUCUUAAGCACACUAUAUACACUAAAACAAAAUUCCUUUAGUGUUUUCUUUACAUAAAAACUCCUCUUACUGUAACAUAAGCUCAAAAUAAAUCUUACAUAAACUAGAUAUUUUCUUGCUCAUCAUCUUGAUAUGAUGGCUGAGAAUGAGAUCAUAAUACUCAUAAUGCGUAUCAAUAAUAUAUUAAUUAAUAAUGAUAAUAUUAACAAUAAUUAAUACUAUGAAUUAUAUAAAUUAGCAUUAAUUUAAAAAUCACAUUUAAGUUUUAUGUUUCAAAACUUAUAGCACAGCCUUGUGGUCUUAAGAGUGUGGCGUGGCAUUAAAAGCCUCGGUUUGUUAUAGUGGACAUUUAUUUACGAGUUGUUUUCAUACCGAUGUUUAACUCCUUUACAGGCAGCGGGGCUACAAUAAAAAAUAAAACAUACAUUGAAAGAUUA